GUGCAUGCGACCUCUUUGCGAUAAACAAAAUGAGCUCAAAAGGGAAAGUUCAGACAGUUACAGGAUGGGUGGAACCUAGUGAGUUGGGUAUCACUAUGACCCAUGAACAUCUAUCUAUGACAUUUGAAGUGGCACAUGUGCCUGCAAUGGAGAGGGACAAAGAUUUGACUGACCUACCACUCACUAUUGAGAAUCUAUGGUGGAUCAGACAAUAUCCGUACAGCCAUCCUCGGAACCUGUUCCUCAAUGAAGAAAAACAAGCAGUUUUAGAGGAAAUGCAUUUAUACAAGAAAAAUGGUGGGGGUUGUAUGGUGGACAACACUACUAUUGGUAUAGAUAGAGAUGUUCCAUUCCUUAAGAAGGUAGCUGAUGAGACAGGCUUAAAGGUCAUAUGUGGAGCAGGUUAUUAUGUGGGUGCGGCCCAUGCUAAGACAACAGAUUCUGCUACAGAAGAUGAGAUAUAUGAGAAGAUAGUACAUGAUAUUACAGUGGGAACUGAUGGUACAGAGAUCAAAUGUGGUAUAAUUGGUGAAAUUGGCUGCUCAUGGCCUUUACAAGACAGGGAGAAGAAGGUUCUACGUGCUGCAGCCAGAGCUCAAAUCCAGACAGGAUGUCCUGUGAUUAUCCACCCUGGCAGAAAUGAUGAUGCCCCAGAGGAGAUUGCCGAAAUCCUGAAAGAUGCAGGAGGGGACCUGUCCAAUACAGUCAUGUCACAUUUAGACAGAACAAUACAUACCGAUGCCAAACUGUUGGAGUUUGCUAAAACAGGGUGUUAUCUGGAAUAUGACUUAUUUGGCAUUGAAGUGGGACUGUACCAGCCCAACCCUGAUGUUUACUGCUGCAAUGAUGGGGAGAGAAUCAGACGUAUACAACUGCUCAUUAAGGAGGGAUAUUUAGAUAAGAUAUUGGUGGCACAUGAUAUUCACACCAAACACAGACUGAUGAAGUAUGGAGGACAUGGUUACUCACAUAUUCUAUACAAUGUUGUGCCAAUGAUGAAACACGCUGGAGUAACACAAGAGCAGCUGGACCAAAUACUUAUACACAAUCCUAAGACUUGGCUGGCUUUUAAGAAGUAAAGGACAUUCCAAUUGUCAUUGUCGUGCAAUUACCAUUAACUACAAUUUUUAUCAUUCAAACACUGAGAUUUUUGGGUGUUGGAUUUUACUAUUCUUUAUAUUUGAUGUAUAAAAGAAUAAAUUGAUAAAUCACAUUCUGUAUUCUGUUAUUCUGUGCAUUUUCAUGAAAGACAGAAGUAAUGUAUCAUCAUUCAUUUUCUAUCGAGACCAUCAUUAGUAAACAAAAUGGUGACACGAAUGCUUAGAAAUUUCAUUAAGAUUUUACAACCCAAGAGACCUGAGCCCUUCACUGGCAUAAUGAGGCAGAGCAAUAUCAUUCAUUUUACCAAGUGAUAAAUCACGUAUUUGGCAUCGGGACUGAUAUUGGGAUGAUAUUGGAAUUAGAGGAAUGAUGUCGGGUUUGAUAUCCAUACAUAUCAUGCCGCUAAUUCUAAUAUCCUCCCGGGUAUAAAUUCUAGGGAAAUCUGUUUAUUGAGUAUAGAACUCUCAGAGGGAAAUACGAAUAGUGAAAGUGAUGAGAUGACUCACAAAAGGACAUCCAGUGUUUUGUAUUAUUUCUAGUCAUCAUAUGUUUUAAUAGUUAUAUACACUUAGACAAACAACGGAGUGGAAGCAGCGGCUGUGCCGUUGUCCUUUAGCAGGGAGUAACUCAGUGGGUUUCAUAACAUAGCCUAUAAGCUAGAUAGCCAG